UCCAGUUAUAUUAUUGCGUAUUUCUUUAUCAGUAAUAUAAUAUUUUUUUCUUUCAAGUAUAGUUUUGCGAGGAAUUCUUAAACAACAUUCAUUUUGAGAAAUUUCGGCUAAGUUGCGAAUUAAAUGAAAAUACAAAAAAAAAGUAAUGAAGACUACUGCCAUAAGUUGCUUCACAUUCUUUGUCAUCUUUCAUUUAUAUACAGUAGAUUCAUGUACUUCAAGCCAGUUUCAAUGUUCAAAUGGAGAAUGUGUUUCUAGUGAGAAAAGGUGCGACGAUAACUUCGAUUGUGGAGAUCGUUCUGAUGAAGUGAACUGUACAGAUCCAAACCAGUGUCCGGAAGGCUUACACAGAUGUUAUAACGGGCAAUGUGUUACCGACUUGAACCUAUGUCCAACACCAACUUUAAUUUACACUGCAACUGGAGUAUCUUCCAUAAGUACAUCUCAGUUUCAAACAUCUUCUUUGUAUAAGUCAACUUCGGUUGGCAUUGGGGCUACAUCAUUGUUGUACUUGUCUAAAAGUUCAGUUAUAGAAAUGACGACAGCAUCAGUGGAAUCGGUAACUCCCACAACUGAAGAUCACACUCCUGACACCGACAAUAGUAAUCUUCUAUACUUGCUGUUCCUUUUGUUGUUGAUUCCGAUUAGUUUGGCAGCAUGUAUUAUAUACUGCAGGAGUGAUAAAAGAUACUUCUAAAUAAUGCCAAGAUUAGACCAGAAGGAACAUUGAUAUUCAAUUUGCAUUUUUUUUUUUAAUUAAUAAAACGUGUGUCAACUUUUACCAGAUAUAUACAAUAGAACACACGCCAUGCAAUUGUUGAAUGUUGAAAACGUGUCUAUGAUAUAUUAACAAAACCUCAUUUUGUUAAAUACGAAUACAAAUUCAAAUUUAUUCUUGAUAAACAAAAAAAUAACCCAUAUAUAAUUGUGUAAUUUUAUCUUUUAUUCAAAUUGUAAAACGGA